AUGCAGCGAAUCCUACGCAUAAACCUCCAAGCCCGCAAUCAAGCCCUCAAAGCUUCUCGUCGGAAAAACUAUGAAAAGCUGCGAGAUGACUGGAAAGACUAUGAGACCCGUCUGAUCCAAACGGAGAAAGUGAAAAAUGCCUACAUUAAAGCAGAGCGCAGAGCGCGGCGAGAGGAUUGGGUCAUGGGACCUCUUGCCCCGAAACGGGACGUCGGCACAAAGCAAGAUUUCUAUGGUACUGUCAGUAACCUCCUCUACCAAGGGCCAGUUUUCCCCCCGAAGGUUAGACAUGGCCCUCGGAGUAACGGGUGGGACCCUGUCGGAGGUGAGGGAUUAGAAGAGGAGCAGAAAGAGUGGCAAGGUUUCGGAAACGAAGGGAAUAUCGUGGAGGGAGAUCGAGUUUGCAUUGUGAAGGGGAAAGAAAGUUUAAUCGGACAGAUUGGCAAAGUGAAGGAUGUCAGUAGCGAUUCCAAGGAAUUGAGAAUUGAAGGUCUCAAUAUGGCCGAUGUUGAGAUCCCUGAGAGUUUUGGCGAGCAGCGCGACAAAAUUCACUUCUCAUCCCUCGAAUUACCCAUCCCCAUCAGCGACGUACGGCUUGUUUACCGCCUUACAGACCCUACUACCGGCCGCGACAGAGAUGUCAUCGUAAAGUACAUCCGUGGCGGCGCCCCUUAUUUCCAGCGCGCCCCCAAUUCACCUCUGCCACGACAUACACGCUACGUUGCGGGCGAAGACAUUCAGAUCCCGUGGCCGGAAGUUGAAGCCCCCAGGUAUCAAGCCUUCGAGGGAGAUACUACACGCUACGAUGUCGAGUCACAAACCUGGACACCCACCAUCUAUCAACCGCCCCUCCCCUCACAGGAAAUAUUUGACAACUUGACGGAAGAUGACAAAUAUAGGCGAGACAGGGCAUGGCACGAAGACGAGUACGUGAGGAUGAAGGUCUUGGAAGACGCUCGUGCAGAAUGGUUCAAGGAGAGAAAGAUCCAAGGUCCCUUGGCAAAGAUGGCAGAGGAGAAACUUCGGAUUGUGGCAGAGAGAGCGGAAUCAAUUAAGCAAGCCGGAAUGAGUGAGGAGACGAGGAAGAUUCUGAUGGAGGAGAUGAAUGCAGCAAAGGGGAGGAGACUGAAAGCGUCGGCAUAA